GAUGUGGUGUAUAACGACAGAACUGUGAAGACUUUUGCUUUUCUCCGAAGGCAAAAAAACAUUUUGAAGGAAACAGUACUGACUCUACAUCCAGGUGACCAUGGAGAAUGUAUCAGCAGUGACGUCCUUCAUAAUGACGGCCUACACUGAACUGGAAGAUCACAGAUAUUUAUACUUCAUAUGUUUCCUUCUUUUAUACAUUAUGAUAAUAGCGGCCAAUUCAGUACUAAUAACAGUAAUAUACAUUGAGAGAGGUCUGCAUGAGCCCAUGUAUUUGUUUAUAUGUAACUUAGCAGUGAAUGGAGUGUACGGAAGUACAUCUUUAUUACCAUCUAUGCUUGUCCUUUUGUUAUCUCACCAUUAUGAAGUAUCUCUGACCAAUUGUCAAUUACAGAUAUAUUGUUUACACUCAUAUGCUAUAGUUGAAUUUACUAUUUUAGCAGUGAUGAGCUAUGACCGGUAUGUUGCUAUUUGUCACCCGUUACACUAUCAUGUUCUUAUGUCUCCUAAAAAGGUAUAUGCAGCGAUUGAAUUAUCCUGGGUGAUUCCCUUCAUUUACAAUGCCCUUCUUUUCAUAUUCACAGUACGGGGUACAUUUUGUGGCAGGAUCAUAGAAAGAACGCAUUGUAGCAAUUUUUCUUUAUUUAAACUGUCUUGUUUUGAUACGACCAUUCAGAACAUUGUUGGACUGGCAUCAGUUUUUGUUUCACCCUGUUCUCAGAUCGUCAUGAUACUGUUUUCCUAUGCACAAAUACUCAGAAUCUGCCUCUUCGCUUCUAAGGAAUCUCAAACCAAAGCUAUUCAAACGUGCACCCCACACUUACUGACUGUGAUAAACUAUUCUCUUGGAUGCUUUUUUGACGUCAUCCAGGGCCGUUUCAACAUGAGUCAUGUACCAUAUAAAGCUCGCAUAUUCAUGUCCCUUUAUUAUCUGAUAAUUCCCCCACUGUUUAAUCCUGUCAUUUAUGGAAUUAGCAUUCAGGCCAUUAGAGUUCAGAUUUUCAAAUUGUUCGGUGGUAAAAAAUAA